UUUGAGAGCUGAGAGUUGAAUUGACGGAGUCGUGAAGACGGGAUUCGGAAGUGGGCUUCGAGACUGGGUCUGACUCUAACCCCUCUCUCAUUCGUCGCCUUUCACUUCCUCGAAUUCUCCUUCAAACUCCAAUCCAAUCGCAAAACCAAACCAAACCAAACCCUUCCCUCUCCAAUUCCCUUUCUCCAUGUCUCUCAAACCGUCAAAUUCGUCGCAGAAUCUCAUGCUUCCCGUCUCCGAUCCUCCCUCCAACCAAGACGAUUACGCCGACGACAAGCUCUUCAGAGGCUCCGCCAUGACCAAACGCGGAGCCUUUGCCGCCGUCUCUUACAUGUCCUGCGCUGUUUUGCUGGUCAUGUUCAAUAAAGCAGCGCUUUCGUCUUAUAAUUUUCCCUCCGCCAACGUCAUCACACUUCUUCAGAUGGUGUGUUCGUGUUGCUUCCUCUAUUUGUUGAAACGGUGGAGGAUGAUAUCUUUCUCAGCAAAUGAAUCCUUACUUAUAUCAGAUACGUCAACAAAAUUUGUAUCAGUGAAGACUUUGAAGCACACUCUUCCUCUGUCAGGAGCAUACUUAUUUUACAUGCUAGUCACCAUGGAGUCUGUUCGGGGAGUAAAUGUUCCAAUGUACACAACUCUGAGGAGGACCACAGUGGUGUUUACAAUGCUUGUUGAGUUUGCUCUGGUGGGGCAGAGGUAUACACGUUCUGUCAUUUUAAGUGUUGGCUUGAUUGUCUUUGGUGCCUUUGUUGCGGGAGCUCGGGAUUUUUCUUUUGAUGCUUAUGGCUAUGCUGUUGUUUUCAUGUCAAACAUCGCCACAGCAAUAUACCUUGCAACUAUAUCCCGCAUUGGGAAAACUAGUGGUCUUAAUAGCUUUGGGCUUAUGUGGUGCAAUGGUAUCAUAUGUGGGCCUGUUUUACUGAUCUGGACAUUUGUUCGUGGUGAUUUGAAGAUAUCAAUCAAUUUUCCAUAUCUCUUCUCACCUGGUUUUAUGGUUAUUUUGCUUUUUUCCUGCAUACUGGCAUUCUUCUUGAAUUACUGUAUUUUCCUGAACACAACUCUAAAUUCAGCUGUCACACAGACAAUUUGUGGUAAUCUGAAGGAUCUAUUUACUAUUGGUCUUGGCUGGAUAAUUUUUGGUGGGCUACCUUUUGAUAUUUGGAACAUAUCCGGGCAAUUUCUUGGUUUUGCUGGAUCUGGUCUAUAUGCCUACUACAAGCUCAUUGGGAAAUAACUGACUCAAGUUCUCUAGAUGAUGUUUUUGUUUUUUCAAUUUGGGAGUGCCAUUUGCUUCAGUUUUCUGCCCAUUACUGCAUCCCGCGAGAAGGAAGAAGAACCUGAACGAACUCGGGUAUGGAAACUUGUGAUCGACAGAUUGAUACAUGUUGGAAGUUUUGCUAAUUACAACUUGACAUACGACUGUUUCUGGGGAACCAGAGGAGAAAGGCUGUCAUGGCUAUAGUGUAUUCAAACAUCUAAUUAACCUAGUUGUCCGUUCACGUAUUGCAUUUGAUGAAUGCUAAUGCUAUGCAUCUCUCUGGAAGUGUAACUAUUAACAAACAUUGUCUUUUAAUGGAAAAUUCAUCGUAGGCAGAAAAUUUAAAUCUA